AUGAUCAAUGGAGAUGUUAGGAAUGAGAUGCCUGCGUAUAAGGAUAUCGAGAUCCAUACCUGGGAUGGCCCUGACGACCCAGAGAACCCUUUCAACUGGGGCUUCAAGUACAAGUGGCUGCUCACCAUCACCGUGUGCUUUAUCUCAAUCUUGACUGGUCUCCCGGCAGGAACUUACGGCUCCGGCAACGACUGGAUGGAGGAGCAAUUCCACGUCCAGAACUCUCCCUUCCCCAACCUGUACUGGGCCACCACCUCUUGGAACAUGGGUGCUGCCUUCUGGCCUCUGAUCUUCGUACCGCUCACUGAGUCCUCUGGCCGUAUGCCUGGAUACUUUGUCGCCUACAUCAUCCUGGUCAUCUCGCUGUUUCCCUCUGCGUUCGCAAACAACUUCGCCACACUCGUUGUCACCCGCUUCUUCGGUGGUGGUGCCUCAUCAGUCUCGAUCAACAUCGUCGGUGGUAGUAUCUCCGACAUCUGGCUCGGCAACCACGCCCGCAGUCUCCCGAUGUCCAUCUUCGGUUUCACCAGUGUCGCCGGUAUCGCCCUGGGCCCCUUCAUCGGUUCCGCAAUCGUACAGAUCCAGCGGUCCCAGCCAUGGCGUUGGAUCUUCUACGUUCAGAUCAUCUACAACGCAGCUCUGAUCCCCGUCUUCUGGCUCAUCCUCCGCGAGACCAGACCAGACGUCAUUCUCAAGGCCCGUGCCCGCAAGAUCAGAAAGGAAACUGGUCGUCCCGUCUACGCAGCUGCCGAGAUCGAUGCCCCGAGCAAGCUUCGUCUGCUGCAGAUCUCAUUCGCCCGUCCCACAAACAUGCUGAUGACCGAGCCCGUCGUUAUCUUCUUCACUCUCUGGAUUAGUUUCGCCUGGGGAAUCCUAUACCUGUUCUUCUCCAGCGUCGUCCAAACAUACUCCACCAACUACGGCUGGUCCACACUGGCAACCGGUCUCGUCCAACUGGCAAUUACAGUCGGUGCCAUCAUCGGAACCGUCAUCAACCCUCUGCAGGAUUGGUUCUACUUCCGCUCCGCGGCCCGCAACACCGAACAUCCAGGCAAGCCCAUCCCUGAAGCAAGACUAUACACCGCUAUCCCGGGUAGUCUGCUUUUCGCAGCCAGUCUGUUCUGGUAUGGUUGGUCCAGCAAGCCGGAUGUGCACUGGAUUGUGCCUACGAUCGGUAUCACAUGUGCCGGUCUGGGUAUCUACUCUAUUUACAUGGCUGUUGUGAACUACUUGACAGAUGCGUAUGAGCGGUACGCUGCGUCUGCGCUUUCUGCUGCGUCGCUUGGUCGUAACUCGUUUGGUGCUUUCUUGCCGCUUGCCUCGCCGCAGCUUUUCAGUAACCUUGGCUUUGGAUGGGCUGGAACUUUGCUGGGUUUCAUUGGUGUUGCCUUGUCGGUUGUCCCUGUUGUGCUUGUGCUUAAGGGCCCGCAGAUUCGGGCUCGCAGUACUUUCAUGAGAGAGGCUAUGUGGGAACCUGAGGAGAAGGUUGAGAUCGAUCAGUCUGGAAAGGCUGAUUUAGGUCCUACCUCUGAGGGCAUUGCGUAA